CUAACCAGAACCUACAUGGCCAAAAGGUCCAUUGUUACUCUGGAGGAGCUGGAGAAAACGACAGCUCAGCUCUCUCCACCCCUCUGUCUCUCUCUGUUUCCCUCCCGACCCUGCUCUCAUUCCUUCAGGUCCCUCCAGCCGCCUCCUUCAGCAGGAGCGGAGGAUCAUAGGCAGAGGAGAAGUGACGGGAGAGCAGCAUCAGCAUCUCCCUCACUGCGGGACGCAGGGAGACAGGAAAGAGAGGUGGAGGGAUUAAGUUAGUUGGAGAGACCAGGGAGAGAGAGUUGGAGCUGUUUGGGUGGCAGCUCAGAGACCAGGAGCUUCUUUUCCUCCUUCCUCUUUCUGGCUGUGAGCUCUCUCUGGCUCCCCUUUUCCUCCUCCUCCUCCUCUUCAUCUCCUCCGCUCCUUCUUCUCACCCCGACUCUCCUCCCAGCUCCCGCCGUGGGGUCUCAGCUCUCCAUCUCCCUCCCCCCCUCCCUGACUCCCUACCUCCCCCGGGCGCUGCUUGGAGACUCCGGGCUGCUGCGCCGCCGGAGGAUGUCUCGGAGGGAGUCUCCGCCGCCGCCUCCGCCGCCUCCACAGCUGCUGGAGGGUCAGGGGGGCGACUGCGAGGACCGUCCGGAGCGCACGGAGCCGCUGUCCGACUCCGAACGGGAGAUCAUCCAGGACACGUGGGGGCACGUCUACAAAAACUGUGAGGAUGUGGGGGUUUCUGUGCUCAUCCGGUUUUUUGUCAACUUCCCGUCUGCAAAGCAGUAUUUCAGCCAGUUCCAAGACAUGGAGGACCCUGAGGAGAUGGAGCAGAGCAGCCAGCUGCGGCAGCAUGCCUGCAGGGUGAUGAACGCGAUCAACUCUGUGGUGGAGAACCUCAACGACCCAGAGAAGGUUUCCUCGGUGCUGGCCGUGGUGGGAAAGGCCCACGCCAUCAAACACAAAGUGGAACCCAUAUACUUUAAGAUCCUGAGCGGAGUGAUCCUGGAGGUGCUGUCUGAAGACUUCCCAGACUUCUUCACAGCUGAGGUGCAGUUGGUGUGGACCAAACUGAUGGGGGCGCUGUACUGGCAUGUGACAGGGGCCUACACUGACGUGGGCUGGCUCCAGGUCUCCAGCUCAGCAGUGUGAGAAAUCAGGAAGAUGGCAGAAGUUUUUGUUGGAGAAAUAAAUAGCUGCAUGUGUGAAAGAUUGGGAGUUUAGUUUCACAGAUAUGGAUCAGAUUAACGCAGUAAUACGUGCAACAUUCUUCCACACUUUGGUUGCGUUUUGGUGCUGAGCUUUUGUUGCUACGCUGCAGAAGUCAGCUGGACACCAAGCGAUACAACUAGACAUCACCUUAGCUUAUGUAAGUGGUGUUUUGGUACGUGCGUCUUAGCGGGGGGGAAAAAGGCUGUUUUUUUAGUACCUAUCAUCCAGUUCUUCUACAGGUAACUCCUGUUGCUUCAGAUCAUAGAAACCAUGACUCUGUGUGUAGCAUGAGUGCUUUCUUAUUAACGAACUGCCACGUGUUUAGGCACGCAACUCUGAAAGCUUUCCGAUUUCAUUUAUUUCUGUGGUGGUCAGUCUUAGCUGUAUCUCAAGGUCUGUUAAGCUUUAGAUGAGAACACAUGUAGUUAAACAUGAAAACAGAUGUACAAAUCUUGUCUUUUCAAAUAUUGGUUCAGAUGUUUUAUUUUCUGGGAGACCUAUCUUCUCAAAGAAGGCUAUAAUUAAAUGGUAAGAGUAUUUGAUGACAUUCUGGCAUUGUGAGAUGAAUGAUUUUAUAUGUUACAAUUCAAUCCUGUUUUUUGGUGACAUGUAACCUACAAAACUUUAUGUCUUGUUCUUUCUUCUUGGUAGCAACACAACAAGGUAGCGAUGAAGUGGAGUAGAUUUAAUCAAUGUUCUAUUAACGCACAAGUCAAGGUAAAGCCACGCAUUUUCUGUACUAAUCUAGGCAACAAUUGGAGUUUUAUCUCUGAAUUAACCGUUUUAUCUAAUAUACAAUCUAAAACAUGUAUUAGUUGUAAAGAGAGGCUUCCCAUGCGCACAGUUUUGGUGCAUGCAACAAAAGUUUUUUCCCCCCAUCAACUUAAUAGCAUCUAUAUUCAGUCCAGCACAGAGUUGGUGUCUUUUUAAAACAGAUACGUUUCUCCUCAGAUUUUGCAAAACAAAAACUGUCUGUAUAGCCUGUUGGAUUCCAAGCAGAAACGCUGUCAUACACAUGAUCCACCAGCAGGUGGCAAUGACACAAACUACAUAAAAGUUCAAAGAGAAAACAUACUAAGCAUGGCUAAAGCAUUGCUAGGCUAAAUGCAUAUAUUAUAUAAUAUUUUUACAUUUAAAAUUUAAUGGAAAAAAUGUUGGAAUAACUAAUUUUUAAAAAAUGGCUUCACUGUUGUGAAUCAUAACGCAGAAAGUCAGACUGGCAAUGUUCAAAGGGCGCUUUUAGGUAAUUUUUCAUUAAAGAAAACUAACCAAAACGUUUCCCGACCUCUAGAUAUUUGUUUUUUGGGCCAAUAUUUACCAUACAAGUCUAGCAGUCAAACCCUGGAUGGCUGCACUGAUUAUUAUAAGCCCAUUUAUGGGGAACGUGCUCUACCACUGAGCCAGGCAGCACCAAUAAAACAACAAAUAUGCAGUCCUAAUGAAUGCACCAAAAACAGUUUUUAAGACUUUCCAC